GCUGUCGGUCUCCAGUCUGGCCCGCUGAUUGGCUCGCUGGGUGUCUGAGCGGAUUGUGGAAGAGGAAAGGGAGAGCGCUUGUUGCUGUGGCCGAAGGAGCUCCUUUCCCGGGCGGGAGCGGCCGGUUUGACUGAAGCUGUUCGCUAUGAGGAGAGUAACGCUGUUCGUUAACGGCACGUGCACGAACGGGAAGGUGGUGGCCGUGUACGGAUCGCUGGAGGACCUGCUGUGUGUGGCCGGCUCCAAGCUGGGCAUUCGAGCUUCCAAUGUGUACAACGGGAACGGCGGUCUCAUCGACGACAUCGCGCUGAUCAGAGACGAUGAUGUGCUCUACGUUUCUGAGGGAGACUCAUUUGAAGAUCCUCAGGAUGACCCCAGAGGCCCUGAUAAGGAUCAGACUCACACUGAUUGGCUGACUCUCAACGUCGGUGGACGCUGCUUUACGACGACGCGGAGCACGUUAGUCAGUAAGGAGCCGGAGAGUAUGCUGGCCCACAUGUUCAGAGAGAAAGACGUGUGGGCGAACAAGCGUGACCGCCAGGGCGCAUACCUGAUCGACCGCAGCCCGGACUACUUCGAGCCCAUCCUGAACUACCUGCGGCACGGACAGCUCAUCAUCAACGAGGGGAUCAACCCCCUCGGUGUGCUGGAGGAAGCCCGCUUCUUUGGGAUCGAGCAGCUUGCCGAACAGCUGGAGGCCCUUAUAAAGUCCUCUCAGCCUCCUGACGAUCACUCACCUUUGACCCGGAAAGAGUUCAUCAGGUUCCUGUUGGCCACGACCACAAAGUCCGAGCUGCGCUGUCAGGGUCUGAACUUCACCGGUGCCGACCUUUCUCGUCUGGAUUUGCGUUACAUUAACUUUAAGAUGGCCAACCUGAGAGGAGCCAACCUGACCCACGCUAACCUGAGCGGGGCCAACCUGGAGCGAGCCGACCUGUCCGCGGCCUGCCUUGACGGCGCCAACCUGCAGGGCGUGAAGAUGCUGUGCACCAACGCUGAAGGAGCGUCGUUGCGAGGCUGCAACUUUGAGGAUCCUGCAGGAGUCAAGGCCAACCUGGAGGGGGCCAACCUGAAGGGUGUGGACAUGGAGGGAAGUCAGAUGACGGGCAUCAACCUGAGAGUCGCCACGCUGAAGAAUGCCAAAUUGAAGAACUGUAACCUGCGGGGGGCGACUCUGGCUGGUACUGACCUCGAGAACUGCGACCUGUCCGGCUGCGACCUUCAGGAGGCGAACCUGCGGGGCUCCAACGUGAAGGGUGCCAUCUUUGAGGAGAUGCUUACGCCUCUACACAUGUCUCAGAGCGUGCGGUGAACCCGUUUUCCAUAACUAUGUACACUCACAGUGCCACACCGACCAUUGAAUGCCAAACUUUUUUUUUUUCUCUGCUCUCGACCCAAAAAAGUGAGUGAGCCACAAAAUUAAAACCUGCUGUUCAUACUCUGAAGCUUCUUCACAGGCGGUGGCUCCUCUUCGUUCUGCUUUAACCUCCUUAAACCCAGUUUAGGCUCUUUGUUCUCUUAGCUGCUGCUGAGCAGUUUGAUGUUGUUGUGGGAAACUGCUGCCACCAGGGGCGUGCCAUGCUUGGCUUACUGUGAUGCUUGGGCGAGUGGACCGUGUCAGAAACGUCCACCUGAACACCAGGACCCGUUGGAUCCCAGUGAGAUGUUCGGUGUCUUGCAGAGGCUAUAAUGUUGUGGCUGCUCAUAACGUCAGCUUUAUUUCAGCAUUUUCAGACACGUCUGAAGUUCUGAUGCGUGCAGUAUUUCUUAAUUUUAUUUAUUUUUUGUAAAUGUAACGCAGGUUUGUGGUUGAGGAUUGUGUAUAUAGUAUAUUUUAAAGGGGACCUAUUCUUUGCAUCACUGACAGUUCAUAAAAAAAAAAAAAAAACCUUCAUCACAAACUAGGCCUCAGUGCAGCUCCUGAGCUCUGUGAUGUUCCUCAAGGAUCUACUCUUGGUCUUCUUAUUUUUCAUUAUACCUGCUUCCUUUUAGGACUUGUGUUUAGAAAGCAUAAAAAAUUUUCUCGUCGUUAUGGAGCUGUUUUAUUUAGCAUGACCAAAAACUCCCAGCAGUCACUUUAAUGCUCUGUAAAAGGAUAAAAAAAACCAGGAUGGCUAUAAGCUUUUUAACCCCUCAGCUGUAGAAGGCUGAAGUAUUUUUAGUCUGAUGAUCAGGAGUGUCAAAGGGAACCACAGCAAUCCAGUCAGUGAUAGAUGAAUUAAGUUUAAAGCAGGUCCACAGAAAAACAGAGGAUCAACCUGUGAACUAAUUUUUCUGUAGCUUUACAGCUAUUAAAGUUUUCUCUGGUUUAAGGCCAGCUUGUGGUGGAAACUCUGAAGCAUGUUGUUUUCCAUUAAAAUCUCAGGCCUUCGUCAUCUGAAUUAUUUUAGGAUGGACUUAUUAUUUUGUAGGGUAUUUCUUUUAGUGUGUAGGCUUAGUUCACACCACAAACCUUUAAUCCAUGCUUCUCCUUUGACCUCACUGCUAAGAAGUGACUUAAUGUUAUUAGAUCAUAUUUUUUGUUUUAGUCUUUUUUUCUUUUCUUUUUUUUAGCUUCCCCCCACUUUAAGCCAACUUUAAUCUGAUUGGCUGCCCCUCCCUACCAGAACAGUGGUGGGUGGU